AUGGCAGCGACAAUCCAUCUAAACUCACAGCAGCCUCUUCCACUCCAUCAGCAACAUCAGCACGUUCAACAUCAAUCGGAAAGGAAUCGGCCGAUUUCGACACCUGUUCCGAUGAGUGUUCCUAGAUACCCUGAGAUACCUCACCCUCCGCCAGCACCCCAGAGUUCAGUAAGAAGAGGUAAUAUGUUCGGUCCUUAUCUCUUGUUACAAACGUUGGGUGAAGGCGAAUUCGGUAAGGUUAAGCUUGGAAUCCACGUUGACACUGGUGAGGAGGCAGCCGCAAAUCCAGUGCCAUCAUUAGCACCACCGGAGGCAUACCUCCCCUCGGAAAUUCCGGUCUCCAAUAAUUACCUAACCACCGAUUAUACGGGGGAUCGACAGAAUGUUCCAUCCGGAACAUCAACUGUGAAACGACACACCAUUCAAGUCGAAUAUUCCGAUAACAAUGCCAAGUAUGUCGAUUAUCCUGAUGAAGAUUUCCAAUUUGUGGAUGGAACGCGUCUCGGCCCUAGUUUAUCACCCGUGGCCACAUCAGAUAUGAUACUGCAGGAAGAAAGAGAUGAACUAUUGCGAACCGACUAUGAAAAUACUUCCUCUUUACCCUCUCAAAAUCUUGAUUUGCCCGAAACUCAUUCUAAAACAGGAAAACAUCAUAGCAUAACGCCGACUGUAUCGUCUGGACAUUCUGACAGAAGUAGUACAGCUGCAAGCACUCCAUCAACCAUCACCACUAGAACUUCGACCAAUGCCGGCUCGAGUCUUCUUACCUUGCACGAGAAGGAUACGGAUGAGGUUGCUCGGGAGAAAAAUCAGAGCAACGACGUGUACCACAAUUUAGAUGCCAAAAACCUUAAGUCAGAAAUACGACCAAUGGAAUCGCAACAAAAGAAUUCAUCUCAAACCCCCAAGAAACGGGAUGCUCCUCGCACGCGACCUGUUACAGUCCAUGGGCCGCCUUCAAUUCCUUUAAUUCAACAUCGUCAAAAUGAGACCAUCAUAAACCCUUCCGUUCCGUCAAAAAAUUCAACUUUGUCAGAUAACGGUCAUCAACGUCCCGAGAACAUUCUACCAAGUUCUCAAUACUCCUCUCCACCACCUUCCAUUCCCUUACCACCGAUUCCUGGACAUCGUGAAUCACCGAUACCUGCUAUUCCGCCACCCUCCGUGAUACAAAAGAGACACAAACGAAGCCCUUCUUCAGAGAAAUUACAUAGUUCAAUGGGUAUUAAAAAUGAAAGUGGAAAUCCAUUGGUCACUGUUAGCACCGCCAGUAAUUAUGAAGUGGAAUCUCGUAAACAAUCAAUAUCACAAUCGCAAACUUUACAACCGGGGCACUUCCAAACAACACUACUGACCACAGAUGUGCCUUCCGAUACCGCAUCUGACACGACGAGCUACGUGGACGAGAAUUUAGUAGAUGAAACUAAGAAGGGGCGAAAUGGAAAGAGAAAAGCUUUGAGCUUGAUGGUCGACACCUUUAAGGGACCGGCGGCUCACUCCACGCACAGUGUAGUGUCAAAUGGUAAUGUUGCGGUAAAAGAAAAGAGAAAAACUGUUAGCGGCACUUCGGCCGGGAGCUCAAAUGCGGCGAAGAAAGUUAUGGACUGGUUUAGAAGAAAAUCAUUAGCGAAGCCCGAUAUCCCUUCAUUGGAGGUACCAAAUAAAUUAGCGAGGGUCGAUGAAUCUGUAAUAUCAACUAACUCGGAACUUGAUGCACCACAAAAGAACAAAAAGAAACAGAAGAGUAAUCCUUCUGUCGUUGUAACUCAGCUCGGUGGUUCUCAGUCAUCAUCACGGCAAUCUACCAUGACUUCUACGAGCGCCGUGGAUCUAAAACUCCGCGUCCAUCACGGUGCGGUCGAUCAAGAUGCAUUGACCUCACGACCACCUUAUGAGGUUUUCAUAGUAGUAAAACAAACUUUGGUCAGUAUGGGUAUCGAGAUUAAACGUGAAAGUGAAUUUAAGGUCAGGUGUGUUAGACGCAAACGAAAGCAAAUCGAAAAUGGAAAGUCGAAGGACAACAAAUCCCAAAAGAACAAAGAUAAUUCGCAGGCAUCAGAAAAUUCCGAAAAUGGCGUAGACUCUUCAAUCGAGAAAAAGCGAAGGAAGUAUACCACAAGCCCCUUAAAAACAUUUUUACGUCGCACCAAUUCCAAUAACACUAGUACUACUUCGUCGGGUAUAACGCCAAUAUCGUCACAAAAUAAUUUCAAGUCUCCCGAAGAGAUGAAUGCAGUAGAUAAUGACAACGCCCUCAAUGGUGAUUCAUUCUCCAUACCCAACAGCCCAACUAUGGGCCCACUCAUGACCCUAACUGGACCAGAUGAUUCAUCUACCGCAAACAUUUUACCGACGUCCACUCUCGCGCCAGAGAUUUUGUAUGGUGACCCAUCCAUAGAUUCCGGAGAGGAAAUUCGAUUUGCUGUAGAACUUUGUCGAUUAAAGAAUCUUCCGGGAAUAUACAUUGUGGAUAUUAAGAGAAUGAAGGCGCUGCAUACAGUACCCGGGUAUAAUCAAUCUAGGCGAAAAGUUAAUUAG